AUGGGUCUCGGGAUUCUCGAAGACCGCCAUCUGGAUCAUGUUCCGGGCACGGCCUUGCUUUCGGAUAUGGCGGAUGCAGAGCAUCAUCAAUUCCAUGGUCGUGAUACUUCUGGACUCAAGCACGCAAAGGGAGGCAACUCCGACAUUGUGCUCGUCCCUCAACCCAGCGAAUCCCCAAGAGAUCCGUUGAACUGGCCAACAUGGAAGAAGGAUCUCCUCCUCCUCAUUAUUAGCGUUGAUACCAGUAUUGUGGGUGCGUGGGGGCCUAUGAUCAGUCCUGGAUUCGCGCAAAUGGCCGAGGAUUGGCACAUGUCGUACAACACCCUCAAUGGAGGGCUGGGCUGGGCCAUCUUCGCUAUCGGUAUCUCCUGCUUCAUCACCAAUGGACUCUCGGUCAAGUACGGCCGUCGACCGGUCAUGAUCCUCGGAAACCUCCUCCUCUUCAUUUCCUCGGUGUGGGGAUACUUUGCAAACAGCUACCACUCAUUGCUUGCAAGCCGCAUUUUCGGCGCCAUUGGCAUGUCCCCCUUCGAAGUGCUUACCACCGCGAUCAUUGGAGACAUCUACUUCGUACACGAGCGUGGUAUCCGUCUUGCGUUCUGGGGCCUUUGCCUCAGCAUUGGCGUUGGCGGCGGUAGCUGCAUUUCUGGCUACAUCAUCCAAGACCUUGGGUGGAACUGGACCUACGGGAUCUGUGCGAUCUUGUAUGGUGUGUUCAUCAUUUUGAUUUUCCUGUUUGUGCCCGAGACGGUCUACAAGCGAGAUCCCGCGUAUAAUCUCGACCUCGGCACGACGGAUCAUACAUUCGAGACGCUCGAGGCGACAGAGCGCAAGGGCGAACAUAUGGAACACCUCGAGACGACCAAGACAGGCAGCAAGGUUGCGCAUCGAGAAGUGCUGUACACGGGCGCAGACGAGAAGUCGUACACAUUCUGGGAAGAGCUGCGUCCCUGGCGGGGCGCCGAGUCCGACGAGAACUUGCUGGCGAUCAUCGUCCGGCCGUUUGGCAUGCUCUUGUUCCCUCAGGUGCUGUACGGAUUCAUUACGUACGGUCUCUCAACGUCGUGGCUGGUCGUGAUGAUCUCGGUGCUGGCGCAGCUUUUCACGGGUCCUCCUUACAACUUCACCGUUUCGGACGUCGGUCUCAUCAGUAUCGCGGCCCUGGUUGCUUCGUUGCUCGGCUUUGUCGCUGGGCCGAUGAACGACUGGACCGUCAAGAAGCUUGCUCGCUGGAAUGGAGGCAUCUACGAGCCGGAGUUCCGACUUGCCCUCAACUUCCUGACCCUCAUCCUCGGCGUGGUCGGUUUCUUUGGCUUUGGCGCCACGCUGGAGAACGAGGCACCCUGGGCUGGGCCCGUGGUGCUCUACGGCAUCAUCUACUUCUCCAUGUCGUUCCUCAACAUCGGCAUCUACGGCUACAUCACCGAAUGCCACCGGAACAAGGCGCCCGAGGCGUUUGCGUCGCUCAACCUCCGGAACAUUUACAGCUUUGGCAUGAAUUACUUCAUCAGCGACUGGAUCACCAAGCAGGGCCCGCUCGAAGUCUUCUCCAUCAUCGGCGGGCUCCAUAUCUUUAUCUGCCUGCUAACCGUGCCGAUGUGGAUAUACGGCAAGCGGUGCCGAAGCUUCACGGCCAGGAACCCCCUGUUCAGGAAGAUACAGGAGUCUUGA